AUGCCAUCACCAACAGUCUUAAUCGUCGGGGCAGGCCCCGUGGGCCUCACAACUGCUCUUUGCCUCCAGCAAGGCGGCGUUCCCGCCCGAGACAUUCUUAUUGUCGAUCAGAGGCCCGCUCGCGAAGCAUCAAACAGGUGGUCCAAGGCGCUCAGUAUGAGUGCCAGCAGCCUGGAAGUUUUCCGGAUCUUAGGUAUCGCCGACCGCUUCAUUCAAGUCGGCACGCCGCUAUAUAAGGCUCACUUUGGUGGCGGACGUCAGCAUCUCACCUUGGACUACGACGUUCUGGGGACGAAAUACUCAUUUAAUUUGAAUCUUCCGCAGAUCCUAACCGAGGAUAUACUGUUGACGAGAUGCGAGGAGGUCGGCAUACAGUUCGCCUGGGGUCUACGUCUCUCUACCUGCAGCCAGACUGGGACAGACGUCUUGGCUUCCUUCCAAGCCAUGAGAGCUGAUGGUUCCUCCCACGUUUCGGUGGAAGAGAUGAAGACUGUUUGCACUACAUGGCUGGUAGGGUGCGACGGGACCCAGAGUGCUGUCCGCACAGCAGCUGGCAUUGAGUUUGUCGGCACCAGAGGAUCACGUUACAGUUGGCUAGCCGAUGGUCAUUGCAGCCUAGAUGCACCUACCAUGCAGACAGCCCAGGAAAGCAAUGGCAGAUCCAUAGUCUGCGUGCUUGGGGGCGCCCCGACCGCCCGUCGGUUCAUCGCGAUGGCGCCGCGGCUCCCAGGAGACGAGAAACCUAACGCCCUGGAUGAAAGUCAAGUCCGCCAGAAGAUGGAAGAGAUAUUUGGUAGCCAUUACAACUUCCACAACCUAACGUGGUCCUCAGUUGUUGGAAGCGGCAUGAGACUUGCCGGAACCUUCCGGUCUGGGCGCAUCUUCAUCGCCGGUGAUGCUGCUCACCAGGUCUUUCCAGCUGGCGGCCAGGGGAUGAACACGGGCAUCUUGGACGCGACAAACCUUGGCUGGAAACUCGCUGCGGUCAUCACCGGUAGGACCAGAACCGAUGCUGUCGAGAGAGUCCUCGACACCUAUUCAACGGAACGCCGUACCUCGGCCCAGGCUGUGAUCUGUAACAUCCGGGUACAGCUGCAGGUUUUCUACGAGCAAAGUGAGGAUGAAAAGGCGGUCUCACAGUUUGUUGUGGAGGCGCUAGGUCAACCGAGUCUAAACAAAGCAUGGGCGAGGCGAGUUACGGGGUUUGGGGACCCAGUUGAGCCGUACCAACUUGCGCUCACAGACAAGGCUGUAGGUGAGAGCUCCCAGUCAGUUGUAGGGACUCGGAUUACACAUAUUGCAGAAGACAACGAGACACCCCUCCUGAAGUCAAUUGACCAGGGCGUUUUUAUUUUUGCUACUAUGAGCGGCUCGGAAGAUACAGACUUGGGACACUUCAAGACAAUAGUCAAGGCAAGUGGGCAUGAAGGUCAAGUUCACGUGCUAGAGACGCCACUUGUGGCCUCGGGAGAGAAAUGGAACUCGGUGGUCGCCCUGCUAAUCCGACCAGACUUUCGAGUAGCUUGGGCUGCGAGCAGCGACACGGAUAUAGAGGUUAACGAGACGAGCCUAACCAGAGUCCUACAUUGGUGGCUUGGAUGA